AUGGAGUCUGGCGUCUGUCCCGACAUGCCCGCGGAGAUGACUAACGCCAUAGUCGAGCAGUGCGAUCGGCCGACUCUCUUCGCUCUCAUGAAUACUGCGUCUACCCUCCGAUUUUUCGCGCGAAGGAUCUUCUUCCAGCGGGUGACCGUACGCUCGAAGGAGGAUGCAAGCAGACUGCUAGAUCAACAGGACAUUCACUCCUUCGUUAAGGAGCUGCGGAUGUUCUCGUGCUUGACCCCACUGCGCACGCCGGUGCUGGUAAAUGUCGAUACGGUCCGCCUACGACUUGGGACGACGUCGGAAUCCAGGACGGAUACGUGCGUCCCGAGGUUCUUGAACCGGUUCCCAAACUUGCGGCAUCUCGAAAUCUCCGCGGGCUUCACCACCGUUGAGGCGUUGGAUCUCACCCUUCGGGGGGUUGCGUCUGACCUGCACAGCUUGCGUCUCCAGUUCGUCGUCAAGGCACCCAAGGGUCCUCCACCUGUGCA